GUGCAAUUUUUACACAAAUGUGAGAUGCCCGGUGUCACACCACAAAAUAUCGUACAUUUUCAUCUAUUUAUAUUUAUUAAUUGAAAUUGAUCAUUUUAGUGUUUUAGAAUUAGAAAAAAAAGAUUAUUAUUGGAUAAUAAAGUAUGGAAAGACGGUGACAGUCUCAUAUCUAUAGUACUGGCUACAAACAGACCUGAAUACUGAUUAAAGGCAAAUUGUGGAUUCGUCCAGUGAUGGUGUUAGAUGCGCCUGCACCGCUGUGAGGGUUGCCUCGCGGCCUGCCGGCCUCCGCGCCGCGCAACGCCGCCGUACGAACUACCGAAAGACCUCGUCAAGUGCCAGGUGAAACGCGGUCGGAGGUCCCCGCACAAGUCGUGUGUGAGACCAAACCUCGCAAUGGCGGACUCCCUGCCCCCAACACCGCCCACACCUCCAGAUAAUAAUGCGCCACCGAUGCCAUGGUUCGGCAUGGAUAUAGGCGGUACACUCACAAAGUUGGUCUACUUCGAACCUCGAGAGAAUAAUAGACGUGAACUGGACAAGGAGACCGAAGUGUUGAAGAAUAUUAGACGAUACUUGACAAGGAACUCGGCGUACGGGAAGACUGGAAGACGAGAUGUUCAUUUACAAAUGGAAAAUGUGACAAUACGAGGUCGUCGUGGUACACUCCACUUUAUUAGGUUCCCCACUAGUGAGGUGGGUGCGUUCCUCCAGCUCGCCAGGUCUAAAGGCAUGGCUGAUCUGGUUAAUACUAUUUACGCGACCGGCGGAGGUGCUUACAAAUUUGAAGAGGAUUUUAAAAAGGAAGUAAAUAUGCGUCUAUCAAAGCUGGAUGAAUUGGACGCAUUGAUAGCGGGCGUGUUGUUUGUGGACAGUAUGAAUGCGCAGGAGUGUUAUUACUGGGCACCCCCCAAUGAACGCCCCGUGCACCAGCAGCCCAGCGAUACGCCGCCAUACUCGGCAGAAGCUCUUAGUGUCUACGUACGUAAACCUUACGACUUCUCGUCGCCAUACCCAUUUUUGUUAGUCAACAUCGGGAGUGGUGUCUCCAUGUUGGUGGUCAAUGGACCAAAUGAUUACUUCAGAGUCAGCGGUACAAGUCUCGGUGGCGGUACAUUCCUCGGCCUCUGCUGCUUGCUGACCGGCUGCAGCAGCUUUGAGGAGGCCAUAGCAUUGGCCGCAGCCGGUGAUAACACCACGGUUGAUAAACUGGUCAGAGAUAUAUAUGGUGGGGAUUACGCUAGGUUUGGAUUACCUGGUGAUUUGGUGGCUAGUAGUUUUGGUCAGAUGUGCUCUGCAGAGCGUCGUGCGAAGGUCUCCCGCGAGGAUCUAGCACGAGCAACAUUAGUUACCAUUACCAAUAAUAUUGGCUCUAUUGCUAGAUUAUGUGCCUCUAAUGAAAAUAUUGAACGGGUUGUUUUCUGCGGUAACUUCUUGCGAGUCAAUCCAUUGUCUAUGAAAUUAUUGUCAUACGCAAUGAGCUACUGGUCACGUGGUGCUUUGAAAGCGUUAUUUUUAGAGCACGAAGGUUAUUUCGGAGCUGUGGGCUGCCUACUCCAUUUAGAUAUAAACCACCGUAAAGAGAACAGCCGACAUUCUGUGGAGACGAGCCAGGCGGACAGGUGAACUGAACUUUGAUGCAACACUAUAGGGUCCAUAUUGUAUUGGCCCCGGAAGCAAUAUUGUACUGUACCUGGGACAAUAUUGUAUUGGUACAAAAUAGUCUAUACUCUAUAGCAGUGAUUGUCAAACUUAUUUUCUUUCACCGCCCCCUUUGAAAAUCAAUUAUAUUUCAGA